AUGAGUCUGGAGCCAACCACGAUUCCUGGAGAUGUGCUUUCAGAUGAUUUGCACGAUGCUCAUUCCGAAUUUGGUAGCACACUGGACCUGUUUCAAAAGUUCGGCAAUUGCCAACCUCUGCCUUUGUUCCCUCCCGAGCUUUCGGCGAACUUUCGAAAGUCUCUUUCCUCUGAGCUGCUACUUGCUGUAGAUGCGUAUGCGCUUCGGUUUCGCGGUCUCGGAAUUGAGAAUGCAGAGAUUCGGCUCGAGAUAGAGGCCAAAAUGCAGCAAGCUGGUCAGCUGGUCAUGCAGAGUAUUGCUACGAGCAAAGUCGGGACCUCACACAUACAGACUCUGUGUCUGCUCAGCAUGCUUGAGUUUUCAGCCGGGAGCAUGAUACGCGCGGGGUUCUAUACCCAAACCGCAAGUUAUUUCAUACACAACGUUCAGUUCGAUAAUCUCGACAAUAUAGUCGACAAUCUGGACACAGAAAAAGACGAGAGAAAACUUUGUUACGCCUCCGUUGUCAUGCUUCAAAAUCUCCAGGGUACUUCACCAUCCUGCCGCUCAGGCUCUUCAUUUUGCCAGCGCAGUUCGGCACCACCGAUUGAGAUACCAGCAUUGCAAGAUAUCUACCGAAAACCAAAUUGUGACAAACUUGACAUCGGCAUAAUCUCAGCAAACAUGUAUACAAGCGACCUUUGGUCGUUCGCUUGUCAGUAUGCUUUGACUCAUGACAGGAAGGACUCCUUGCCGCCCUGGCAUCCCCUUUCAGACUAUACUCUAGUUACGUAUCGGCAUACCGAACAUGAAAGCUGUAUGCCAUUAAGGUUCCGUCUCCAUGCCAGCCGAUUUGGUGACCAUUCGCCUUCCGAACUCCAAACAAACCGCAACUACUGGGCCCCUUGGCUGUCAUUUCAAAUCAUCUGGCAUGCUGUGCCUUGCUUGCUCAAUCAUCCUUUCCUGUUGUCUCUUCGUCUCCGCAGCUUCCGCCGAACCAUGCCCCAGUCCUUUCUCCGCAACUCUUUCGAACAGCUCACUUUGCAUUCCGGUUGGAUCAUACAUUUCAUUGAGCUCAUUCAGUUGAAAGAGUUCGAGGUCUCAGAUCCAAUCAUAGGUCAUGCUGUGGCGAUCGUGGGAACCAUAUAUCUCCAGCAUAGCUUCGUGGAAGAUCCCACUUUCAGUAUGAAAGCACGAAAGGGAUUCGAUACAUGUCUUGAAUUCUUGAAGAAUUUUGGCAAGCGAUGGAACCAUGUGGAUCAAAUGGCACAACAAUUGGAGCGGCUUCGCAACAGCAUAUCGCCCGAGGGUGUGGCACCAGAGAUGGGCAAUCUCACAAGCGUUCCUCAGAAAUGGACUGUCAAUCCGCAAUUACUGUGGAAUAUCUUGGUCUAUUCGCACGUCAGCAAAGCCCCCACUCCUACCGGUGACAUCUUCGGCCCCUCACUAAACAGGCACACUGUUGCUUAUUCCGGGCCCGUUCCCUCGACCGAAAUCAGGGAGCCUGAUCUGGCUUUGAUAGGGUCUGCUGGGAUCUCAGGCCAUAGAACUGUGGCUCCGGAGUGUGUCACUUAUCCUCCGGAGCAGAGUGUCCAUCAGCUGUCGGAAGCCCCCAUACAACCUUCUCCGGUCCAUUCCGGCGUACAACCACCUCACAUUCCCAUUUUGGAACCAUUGCGUGAGGACGAUCUUUUUUUGCAGAUGCAAGAUUAUGGAAAAGCAUUCGAGGAUUGGCUCAGUCUGAGCAUAGCGUAA